UAUCACGAGAAAGCACUCGCUAUCACAACAGAAAUUGGUGACAGGGAAGGAGAAUCAACAAUCUACGCAAACCUAGGAUAUUUGUUCCAAUCACUCGGUCAAUUUGACAAGGCCCAAGAAUAUCAGGAGAAAGCACUCUCUAUCAAAAAAAGAAUUGGUGACAAGAAUGGAGAAGCAAGAAUCUAUAGAUACCUCACAUCUUUGUUUCUCUCACUUGGCAAGUAUGCAAAGGCUGACGACUAUCUAGGGAAGGCAAUGGCAGUUACAAACGGUAUGAAUAAUAGAAGCGGAGAAGCAAUAGAUUACAAUCACCUCGGGUUAAUUUCUCAGGAGCGUGGUGAAUAUGACAAGGCUCAAGAAUAUUUCGAGAAAGCCCUUACAAUUUGCAUGGAAAUCGGUGAGAGAGAAGGAGUAAUAGUCAACUACAGGGAUUUAGGAUUGUGUUUCCAAUCGCGUGGUAAAUAUGACAAGGCCGAAGAAUUCCUUAAGCAGUCUCUCCUAUUAAGUAGGGAUAUUGGACACAACUUGAACGAGUUUUGCAGCCUUUGUAAUCUAUCUGCGUUAAAGUUGUCACAAUGUCAUCGAUAAGAGGCUUCUUCGUAUCUUCUUCAAGGCAUUGAAAAGUUCAAAACUUUGAGAGGUUUUCUUAAAGAAAACGAUCAGUUUCAAAUAUGUCUUCUAGAAACGCACGGUGCCUUUCCCUACAUGUUGUUCAGUAGGUUGCUUUCUUCCACUGGAAAGCCGCAAGACGCCCUUUACGUCGAAGAGCUGAGAAGGGCAAGAGGCCUGGCCAACUUGAUGGCAGCUCGGUACUCUGUUCAAGAGCAGAUCUCAAGCGAUCCACAAUCUUGGUGUGGCAUUCAAGGGAUCAUCGCAAAAGAAGCAGACUGUGCAUGCCUGUACAUUUCGGUUGGUGAAAAUGAUGUACGGUUUUGGAUAAUUAAAGCAACGGGAGAUAUUCAUUUUUCAAGAAAGGAAGUGAACCUGGACCCAAACGAGGUCCCUGAGUUAGAUGAGUUUUUUAAAGAACUGAUGUCAUUUCGCAACCGACCAAAGCUGAAAGACUAUGAUACCGAAGAUUUCAAAAGAUGUCUUCACUUGUGUUACAAGGUAAUCAUUGCUCCCGUGGCCAGUUUACUGAAGCAGCCCGAGAUCAUAAUUGUCCCUGACUCCUGUGUGUACCAAGUGCCAUUUGCAGCCUUGGCUGACGAAGGAGGCAAGUAUUUAUCAGAGACCUACAGGAUUCGGCUGGUUCCUUCCCUGACGACUCUCAAGCUUGUUCAGGAAAGUCCUCCAGACCUUCACAGUCAGACCGGGGCACUGAUAGUGGGUGACCCUGUAGUUGGAAAGGUGAUUUACGAGGGGAAGCUCAGAAAUAUGAUUCCAUCGCCGUGUGCAAGAAAGGAAGCAGAGAUGAUUGGAACACUUCUUGGCGUGACGCCUUUGAUAGGAGAUUCCGCGACAAAGCAUUCUGUACUCCAAGCGAUAAAUUCAGUGAGCCUGAUACACAUUUCUGCCCGUGGUUAUUCCGAUAGAGGGGAGAUUGCUCUUUCUCCUGAGCACCCUUCCCCACUCCCACCUUUUCCUCGAGAAGAAGAUUAUCUUUUGACGAUGGCGGAUAUUUCAAAAACUCGGUUGCGAGCUAAACUAGUGGUGCUUAGUUGUAGUUACAGUGCUCGUGGACAGAUUAGAACCGAGGGAAUCAUUGGAAUUGCUCGAGCGUUCUUAGGAUCCGGAGCUCGUUCAGUGUUAGCGGCACGAUGGGCACUGGAUGACACAGCCACAGAGCAGUUCAUGACAUGUUUCUACAAACAUUUGUUCCGCGGUGAAAGCGCCAGUGAAUCUCUCCAUAAGGCCAGGAAGUGGAUGAGAAAUAACGGCUUUGACAAAGUUUCUCAAUGGGCGCCAUUUAUGAUCAUGGGCGACAACGUGACAUUUGAUUUCGGAAAUUGGCCGGCGCAUAGCGCACCUUAA